AUUUCAAAUUGAUGUUGAGCUGUACUCUUCUAUAUUUCUUGAUCUUAUUCUCUCUCUCUCUCUCUCUCUCUCCAACGAAGAACAACAAUUCAUCAAAACUCUCAAUUCCAAAUUUCCCAAUUCGAUUUUGACGCAAACCCUAGAAAGAAACAGAUGUCUAGUCAAUCCAGCAGUGGUAGUGAAAACUCCUUCGAAAUUGAGGAACUAUUACAGAUUAGGACAAGAUGUCAAGAGCUAAGGAAAGAGAAGGACAUGUUGAGAGAUUCACAAUCUCAAAGUUUCGAACUGAUCAGAAGUUUGGAAGCACAUGCGAAGACAUUAUAUAAAGCCCGCGCAGAAGAUGAGAAACACAUCCAGGAGCUGGAAAGGGAAUUGAAGAACUGCUCUCAAGAAAUAGAUUACCUGCAGGACCAACUAAAUGCAAGGAACGAUGAGGUAUAUUGUCUGGGUGAGCAUGUACAUAGCCUUGAGUUAAAACUCGCAAAUAUGGAAAGUUUAGAAGAGAAAGUUGGCAGGUUAAGGGAAGAACUGAAGUGGUCCAAUUCAGAGCGCUUGAUUUUAAUGCAGGAAUUAGAGAGCAAAGAAGUGGAAAUACGGCAAUCAGCUGCAUGCAUCGAGAAAUUAGAAGAAUCAAUUUCACCUGUUUCACUGGAGUACCAAUGUGAAAUAGAGAGCAUGAAGCUUGAUUUGGAGCAGAAUUGUUUUGAAGCUAAGAAAUUCAAGGAAGAAGCUGCUAGAGAAAAAUUGAAGAUGAAUGAGUUGAUUCAGGAUUUUGAAUAUCAGAUUCAGGAUGCACAGAAGGUUAUUGAAUGCUUAAAUGAGGAAUAUAAAGAACUAAGGGAGAAGCUCGAAACAUCUGAAAAGAAUGCAAGAGUAUUUUGUCAAAAGAUGGAAGAACAAUUUGAAGAAUGGCUAGAAAAUGAUGGACCUCAAUUAAAUACUCAACCAUUAUCACAUGAACUAGAAAAAGAUGUUAGCACUUGUGGUGACAUUCUGGGUCCACUACUUUUCAGACUGGCAGUUGAUGCAGCUUUGAAGGACAAGAUGGAUAAAAUGUCAUGUCAGAUCCUCGAAUAUGAACUUCUUUUGAAACAGCUUAAGGAAGAACUAAGAGCAGAAAAGUUAAAGGCAAAGGAAGAAGCAGAGGAUUUGGCUCAAGAAAUGGCAGAACUAAGGUACCAAAUCACAGGGUUGCUUGAAGAAGAGCGCAAACGCCGUGCUUGCAUUGAACAAAUAUCUUUACAGAGAAUAGCCGAAUUGGAGGCUCAGAUUCAAAGGGAACAGAGGAAAACUUUCAGUUCUGUCAAGCUUAUUCAUGAAGCAUAGAAAUUGGUUGCAUCCAAACCAUGGGAUGGGGGUUCAGCAUUUAUGAAAUGUAUUAAGAGAUUCUCAUAAUGCUUUUGCUGGGGUUAGUGAGAUUUUGGAUAUGGUGUUGGUGGCAAAUGAGGGGCAGAAUCCAUAUCUAGAAGUGGGAGUCCAGGUCUUAUUUGAGCCAACACAUAUGUACUUCAUACUCUUAGAAUUCGAGAAGCUGUAUCUUUGAUUUGGUCAUGCUCGAAAAUCUGCAGUUCUAAACCCCUGCACUGGCCCACAAAGAUUCUGAUAAAAACAAGACUGUACAGCUGCACAGAAUGCAAAAUUCAAGGGUUUUCUUAGGGGUUGCUUUUUAGAGCCCUUAGAAGCCAAAACUUCAAAAUUCCGUACAACAGACGUUGCAGAACUCCACAGGCUCAAAGAUAUACAGAACGAUGAGGUUGUGACGUACGCGCGAACGAUGUGGAUGGGUUGUCUAGUGAAGAGUGAAUUGUAUUUAUGCAAAGAUAUUGUUUUUGUCGUGUGUUAUUGGAUUGUUUUUAGCAACCAUCAGCUUCUUCAAGGAUUAUGGUUAACAGUUUUUGACACUGUAUAUUGAAUAUUCAUAUAGUAAGAGAGUGGGAUGGAAUACAUAGUGGUUGAUGCUGCUGUUUUUGUUUGAAGAUGAUAUAUGCAGGUAAUUAUUCAGUGA